AUGUACUCUUUACAGAAAAGCGAAGAGAAGUGCUUCCAGAUUUCGUUUAAUCCUCACCAACACAUAAUCCCAGAAGAUCUGAUUUUUGGGCAUCAUGUUUCAGCUGUGGAAGCCAAUCAUAAUAAUAAUAAUAAUACUAAUAAUAACAAUGGAGUCAAGAAUUUCAGCACUCGUAGAAGGAGGAAGCCACUUGAAAAUAAUUUGGAUCAUCAUUUUGAUGGAAGUGGUGGCGUUGUUGUUUCUGAUCAAGAUCAUAAAAUCAAGUUGAUGCAUAGAGAAAGGGAAAGGCAAAGAAGACAACAAAUGGGUGCUCUUUAUAUGUCUCUAAGAACCCUACUUCCUCUUGAAUUUAUUAAGGGUAAAAGGGCGAUAUCGGACCAAAUGAAUGGGGCGGUGAAUUAUAUAAAAUAUCAAGAGAAGAAAAUCAAAGAAAUUGAAGCGAGAAGAGAUGAAUUGAAAAAGGUGUAUAAUUCAAUUUCAAACGACUUUGAGAGAUCAAAAUUAGAACAAACACCAAAUUGCUGCUUUAAAAUUAGCUCCUUUGAUGGAGGAAUACUUGAAAUCUUGAUUACAACAAAUGGUUUCCAUGGAUUUCCCCUCUCAAGAAUCUUGAAAGUAAUUGUUGAACAAGGUCUGGAAGUCGUUAGAUGCAGUUCAACCAUAAUUAACCACAAAUCAAUUCACACCAUCCAAAUCGAGGUUAGAGAUUCGACCUCACUUGAUCUCCCUCAGCUUGGAAGUAAGCUUAUAGAAGCAGUGCCACUGCUGAGACAAGUAACAGAUUAA